GCACAGCGAGCCAUUCGUGCAUCAUUCCGUUUCGUCCUUUGCGACUCACAGAUAGACUCCGACUCUAUCCAUUCGCCGUCCUUUCCUUUCCGCAGCCUGGAAAAAGUGUGCCGUCGCCGCCGUCGAUUCCGCGCGACGUUCUAGUUCCCUUCUUGUAGGCAUGCCAAGAAGAGUCUAUUUUUGACUCCUCACGCAUGGUUCUAAUCCCCUUCUUGUCAGAAUAAGCCUCGUCAGACCCGUGUCCCUCCGAUCCGCUCACGCUGAUCCGUGCGCCACUGAUCCGAUUUACGAAUCCCGGUGCCUGAGAGUUUCUGUUCCCUCCUCCCUCAAAACCACUCUUCCUUUUAGAUUGCUACAUCUGAAAGACGACUUCUGCGCCCAAUCUCCCCGCGAUGGAGAGCGUGGGCUUCGACGCGCGAAAGGCGGCGGUGUUGGCGGCGCUCGCGUCGGUGGAGCGCGACAGGUCGCUCAAGGGCGGCCUGGAUGCGCCGAUUGCGGAUCUGGUGGCGGAAAUCAACGGCCACGAUGACCUCUUCACCACCAGCUCCUGCUCCGGCCGCAUCUCGCUCCUCCUCGAACCGCACGCACCCGCUGCCGCCGCCGCCGCCGCUGGUGCUGGUGCCGGUUCUGGUGCUGGUGCCGGCGGGCCGUCUGGAGGGGAAGAGGGGGAGGGACCGGGGGAGGGGGCAGGCGGGGAGACGAGGGUAAAGAAGAAAGCGCGGGGCGGCGAGUGGCUGCUGGUCAGCCACGACCCCAUCGACCCGACAGACCUCGUUAGAGCCGUCUUCGCUACAAGCACUGCGUGCGCGGGUGCCACUACCCCCCCGCCCUCUCUCCCUGGCGAGCUCGUGUUCCGUUUCGAGCCGCUCAUCCUCGCCCUCGAGUGCCGCUGCCUCGCUGCGGCGCAGCAGCUGGUGUCGUGCGCCAUCAGGGCGGGCUUCAGAGAGUCAGGCAUCACCAGCGUCAGCCACAAGCGAAUUAUUGCAGCCAUUCGCUGCUCCAUCCGCCUCGAGGCGCCGCUGACAGCUAGCGGCAUGCCAUUGGUCGGGGAGGCGUUCGUGCGCCACCUGGCGGCGGUGGCCAAUGGGAAGAUGGCGCUCAACCGCGAGAGAACAGACCGGUUCAGGGCGAGGUUCAAGGAAGAGUGCAGCUGUUCCAGCGUGGUCCAUCCGUCAUCCAAACCGUCCGAACCACUCGACCCAACACCCGGGCCACACCCUCACCCAGCGCCCCCUAAGCCAUCUCAUCCUAGGAAGGCGGCACGGCACAGCGUAAGAGAGCAGCAAGGGUUGGUGGAUGGCCACGUAGCGCAACGCCAGGGGCGCCAGCUGGCACAGCGCCAGGUGGCAGUGCUGCGGAGAAUAGGGGAGGUGGAGGGGAGGCUGGUGCUGGGGGCCAGGGAUUCUGCCACAGGGGUCUCGAAAUCUAUCUCUGCUCUUUCUGCUGCUGCUGCUGGUGCUGCUGCAACAGUGCCAGCAUCAUCAGCACCAGCAGCAGCAGCGGCAGCAGCAGCAGCAGCAGCAGCAGCAGUGGCAGCAGAUGCCGACAUGCUGCCACUACAGGAUGUGGCUGGUUGUUGCAGCAGCAGCGCGUGGGACAUGCCCCAGGGAUCAGCCCGACUAGGAAAGCUGGCAGUAGAGUCAGCUCAAGGACUGGAUGAUCUCUCCCUGCCUGGUAACCAGGCACAUGACGGGCAGGUGCACGGGCAGGUGGUGAAGGUUUUAGGGCUGCCUGACGGCAGUCUUUUGAGGUGGGGCCAUUCAGCUGUGACGGUUGGUGCAGGGGCAGUGGUGGGAGCUGUGGCUGCAGGAGGGGCAGCGAAAAUUAAAGAAGCAGCAGUCGCAGGGUCAACUGUGGCAGGGACAGUGGGAGCAGGCAGAGCAGAAGCAGGCAGAGCCGUGGUGGUUUUUGGGGGGUUUGGGGGAAGUGGGGUGCACAGCAGGCGAAACGACGUGGUUGUGGUGAGGGUGAGGGAAGGAGAGACGAAGGGACGGAAUGGAGAGGAGGAGGGCAAGUGUGGUGGGGAGGAAAGGAGGGGGGAAGGCAGGUGGGGGGGAGAACAGGUGGGGAAGGGGAGUGUGUUGGAAGGGACUGUGGUGGAGACGAGAGGGAGGGGACCGAGUGCCCGCAUGUUUCAUACAGCCACUGUGGUGAGCGUGAGAGGAGGGAAGGGGGAAGGGACGAGGAGAGCCGAGGAAACACUGAGGGAUGAGGAGAGUGGAAGAGAGGGAGAGGAGGAGGAGGAGGAGGAGGAGAUGGUGGUUGUUGGGGGCAGGCACGGCCCCACAGCUGCACUGGCAGAUGUAUUCUCCCUCAAUCUUCAGACGAUGGCGUGGCGCCAUGAGGCAGGGCCAGAGGCACCAUCUGCCGGGGGUACAGCAGCAACAGCAGUGGCAACAGCGACAGCGGCCACAGCUGCUGCAGCAGGAACAGUUGCCACAGAAGCGACAGCAGCAACAGCUGCUACAGGAGCAGUGGGUGAAACGGCUGCUACAGCUGCUACAGGAGCAGUGGAUGAAGCAGCGGCUGCUGCAGCUGCUACAGCAGGAGUGCCUGUGCCGAGGUAUCGCCAUGCAGCAGCAGCACUGGGGUCGUCGGUCCUUGUCUUCGGAGGCAUAUCCCGCCCUGACGCCCCGCCCCUGGACUCCCUCCAGGUCUUCUCUGCCCAAUCCUUUUCCUGGCUGCCCGACCCAGCUAUUUCCGGUCAGAUGCCUGCCCGUCGCCAUUCCCAUGCCAUGGCUACUGUCGGCAACCGGGUUUAUCUCUUUGGAGGACGAGACUCCCGGAAGGUGUUUUCAGAUCUCUUCUUUUUCGAGGUUUUGGGCAGCGCCUCAACCCUUGGGCUUGGGGGAUGUGAGGUGCCUCAAAGCUCUCGAGGUAACUUCACUGCAGGCAGCAUCAAUCGAAGCAUGACCAGCAUCACCAACGGCACCAGCAGCACCAACAGCACUGGUGCCGAUAGCAGCAGACUGCUCGUUCGGUGGACCAAGGUUUGGGAUUCUGCCCCGGUAUCCAUUCCUCACCGGUUCUCACACUCCCUCACCGCAUUCGGUCAGCAUCUUCUGAUUUUCGGCGGCUGCCCACACUCCCGGGCAGGCCCUGAAAUUAUUCUAGUAAACACCGUAACCAAUGAGGUCUUUCGAGUCCCCGUCUCUCUGCCUCGUGGGGCUUUACCCGUGCGCCACACUGCCAGUGCGGUGGUGGGGAAUUACCUGCUAGUGCUGGGUGGUGGAGCUGCGUGCUUUGCAUUCGGGUCGGUCUUCAGCCCGCCUUUCAUGCUGCCUCUGAAGGAGACUCUUGGGAAAGGGAUUCCCUACCCUAGCCAGCAACAGCAGGAGAAGCAGCAGCAGCAGGAGGAGGAGCAGGAGGAGCAACGGCAAGGAGGGUUGGGGUGGGUGUUACUCGUUCCACGGAGGGAGGGGAAGCGGUGGAAGGAUGCCUUGCAGGCAUGCGGCGCCCUGGAUAAGAGUCGAAAACCGGCAACGGUGAACGCAAAUGCCAAUUGUGAGGCGCUAGAUGGCAGCAAUACAUGUUCAGGUGUUGCUGUCGACGGUGAGUUGCUGCUGGCGCUGCCUGUGUGUGACUCUGCUGUGAACACUGUUGCUGCUAUGCAAGGUGUAUGCACGGCACCACGAAGCGUGCCGGCGACAACAGCACCAGUAGCAACAGACAUAUUUGGAACAGCACAAGAGCAGCAGUGUACGGCAAUGGAGGCUGUAGCACCAGGGGCAGUGGCAGUCGGGAAGAGAGCAUCAGAUUCAGCUGCCUCAGGCCGACCAGCAUCACAAUCAGCAACAGCAACAGCGACAGCAACAGCAACAGCAACAGCAACAGCAACAGCAACAGCAACAGCAACAGCAACAGCAGUGCUCACAAAGCUGCAUCUUUUCCCUUCCCCUGCUCGCCCUCUCACUCCCUUUCAACGCCUCCACCAAGCCAUCCACUCUCUCCUGCAACUCAAGGCCAGCCAACCUGUUUCUUCGGGGCACAACCAUCCCAAUGCCACCCACUCAUCGCUUCUUUCUCACCUGCCAGCUCGCUGGGAGCGGCUGGGCGACAUGGUGGUCCUGCCUGCUGAUGCCAUGCUGGGGGAGGCUUGGGACAGGCUCGGCCCGGAGCUCUGGCAGGUUAUUGCCGAGGCGCUUGGGGCGGCACGAGUGGCUCGGCAGGCCCCUGUCGCUCCCACCUUGACCAGAGACAGCCGCCUGCAGCUGCUGCUGGGGUCCACCUCGUGGGUGCAGCACCGGGAGAACGGCAUCACGUACACGUUCGACGCCGCCAAGUGCAUGUUCUCCUCCGGCAACGGCACUGAGAAGCACCGCAUGGCGGCACUCCAGCUCAACCACCACGAAACAGUCGUCGAUCUCUUCGCGGGGAUCGGGUAUUUCACGAUCCCGCUGCUCGUGCACGCGCGCGCGCGCCACGUGUUUGCCUGUGAGUGGAACCCGGCAGCUGUCCACGGCCUGCGGUCCAGCCUCGCGACCAAUCAGGUUCCGCCAGACCGCUACACUGUGCUGGAGGGAGACAACAGGGCGGUUGCCCCUGCAGGGGUGGCUGAUCGGGUGCUGCUGGGCUUGAUUCCCUCGAGCGAAGCCAGCUGGCGGACUGCGAUUCGCUGCUUGAAGCCGAAGGAGGGCGGUGUUGCGCAUGUGCAUGGGAAUGUUAUGGAUGUGGAGGAGCAGCAGUGGGCUGACUAUGUAGUGGGGGAGCUCAGAAAGAUGGCGGAAGAGGAGGGGAGGAGGUGGCAAGUGACGGCUGUGCACCUGGAGCGGGUGAAGUGGUAUGCUCCACACAUCCGCCAUGUUGUCUUGGAUGUCUCUUGCACACCUGCUUUCUGGUAACAUAAAAAAAAAACUCGACUUCCUUUUCGAAGGAGUUGGUUUGCGUUACCAGUCUGAUCUGGGCAGGGCCAUAGUUGUUAAAGUAGCACUAGGCUAGGAGGAAGUGAAAGAAGGCAGCCAUGGUUGUGGCGGUGGGGUUUAGCUAGGAGAGUAGGAAAAUGUCGAGAGGAAAGAGUGUUGGAUUAGGAAGAGAGAGGAAUACAAGGAGGGGUUUGUA